GGCAAAAGCUGUCACCUUCAACAGCAGCCAAUCUUGAUUAAUUAAUUAAUUAAUAAUUAAAUGCCUUUUAUAUUUCACCUCUUCGCCCCCUUCAUUUUCCAUUGAUUUUCCUGGAUUACUCUCUAUACCCCAUCACUGCUCCUAUACUUGUAUUAGUAAAUUUGUAACCCUCCUUUUUUCUGACUUUCAAAGCUCUAAUUUGAUCCGAUCAUGGCUCACUCUGCUCUUUUACAGGUGCCAGCCGCGAUCUCCGUUAAUAACGAUGUUUCCCUCCGUAAAACCGCCUUCAAGACCAAUCGUGUCUCGUUUCAUGAAAAAUCCUGGAGCUCUAGUCCAUCUCUGGACUUCAGAGUCGCAAGCUCUCCGUCUAGGGCGCGACCCGUGGUUUGCAUGUCGGUGCAACAAGCCAGCAAGCCUAAGGUGGCUGUUUCGCCCCAUAGCUUGGAAGAUGCAAAGGAGCCACCGAUGCACUUGUUCAAGAACAAAGAACCUUACACUGGAACCAUUGUCUCUGUUGAAAGGCUUGUUGGCCACAAUGCUCCUGGAGAGACGUGUCACAUUGUUAUCGACCAUGGUGGCAAAGUUCCCUACUGGGAAGGACAGAGUUACGGAAUUAUCCCUCCUGGUGAGAAUCCUAAAAAGCCCGGUAAUCCACACAAUGUGCGAUUGUAUUCAAUAGCAUCUACCAGAUAUGGUGACUCCUUCGAUGGCAAGACUGCUAGUUUGUGUGUUCGGCGUGCAGUCUAUUUUGAUCCCGAGACUGGGAAGGAAGACCCCACAAAGAAUGGAGUGUGCAGCAACUUCUUGUGCGAUUCAAAGCCUGGUGACAAGGUUCAGAUCACGGGUCCUUCUGGUAAGAUAAUGCUCCUCCCCGAAGAUGACCCAAACGCCACCCACAUCAUGAUCGCCACCGGUACUGGCGUGGCGCCUUACAGGGGCUACCUCCGACGUAUGUUCAUGGAGGAAGUCCCAACGUUCAAGUUCGGAGGGCUAGCCUGGCUCUUCCUAGGAGUGGCCAACACCGACAGCCUUCUCUAUGACGAUGAGUUCUCCAAAUAUCUCAAGGACUAUCCCGACAACUUUAGGUUUGACCGAGCUCUCAGCAGAGAACAGAAAAACAGAAAUGGGGGGAAGAUGUAUGUCCAGGACAAAAUCGAGGAGUACAGCGAUGAGGUGUUCAAACUGUUGGACAAUGGGGCACACAUCUACUUCUGCGGGCUGAAAGGGAUGAUGCCGGGAAUACAGGAGACGUUGAAGAAGGUGGCGGAGCAGCGGGGCGAGAGUUGGGAGGAGAAGCUCUCACAGCUCAAGAAGAACAAGCAAUGGCAUGUUGAAGUCUAUUGAGUAUUGAGAAAGGUUUUUUCCUCAUCUAGAUAUUUCUUGAUGGUGAAACAUAUGUUGAAUUUAAGAUAUUUGUUUGUAGCAUUUUGGUGAUGGAGAAUGCAUUAUUAUUUGUUUGAAGGGCA